CGGCCUGCCUGCCUGCCUGCGGCCGCGGGCGGCUUCCGUCGCCGCCAGGGCACCGCCCGUGACACCCUGAUCUCCCCUCACCUACUCUUGGAUUCGAUCCCAUCCCAUCCCGUCCCGUCCCUCUCCCAGCCCACCCUUUUCAGAUCUGCCUACGAGCCCCCGCCACGCACCCCCACUCCCCGACGCGCAUCACGCCACGGGAGCGCCACCACUACCGCCGCCAAUGGCUCUCUGCCCUGACCAAUCCCAUGGACGACCUCACCGCGGGGGGCCUCGAGCUCUUCGCCGCAGUCGCUGACUUCAUAGACGACUCCGCUCCUCCAGCCGCCGCGAUGCCGCCGCAGCAGCCGGAGCCCGACUCCGCGCCCGGGAGCCCCUGCUCCGUCGCCAGCGACUGCAGCAGCGUCGCCACCGCCGACUUCGAGGGAUUCGCCGACCUCGGCUCCGCUCUCGUGCUCGACGACCUCGUCGCCUCCGCCUCCACCUCUCUCCCCGCCUCCGGGCCCAGGGCCUCCGCAGCUGCAGCUCCCGCUAGGAGCGUCUUCGCGCUCGACUGCGUGCCGCGUUGGGGGCUCGAGUCCGUGUGCGGCCGACGACCCGAGAUGGAGGACGCCGCCCGCGUGCUGCCAACCUUCUUCCACGUCCCGCUCUGGAUGCUCGCCGGCGACGCGCCCGUCGACGGCCUCGACCGGGCCUCCUUCCGCCUUCCCACGCACUUUUUCGGCGUCUACGACGGCCACGGCGGCCUUCAGGUCGCCAACUACUGCCGGGAGAGAAUCCACAAGGUACUGGCGGAGGAGCUCACCAAGGCACAGGAGGCCGCGUCCGACGCUGACUUGAGUGCUCUUGACCCUAAUAAUACUCACAAGCACUGGGAGAAGGCCUUUGUGGACUGCUUCAGCCGUGUUGAUGCAGAGGUGGGAGGAAACGCGGCCACCCAAGGCAAGCCUGUGGCUCCAGACACCGUGGGGUCAACAGCGGUGGCUGCGCUUGUCUGCUCAUCGCAUGUCAUCGUUGCCAAUUGCGGCGACUCGCGAGCAGUGCUCUGCCGGGGCAAGCAGCCCCUGACGCUGUCCGUGGACCAUAAACCAAACAGGGAAGAUGAGUAUGCGAGGAUUGAGGCCCAAGGGGGCAAGGUCAUCAAUUGGAAUGGCUAUCGAGUUCUCGGUGUUCUUGCCAUGUCCCGGUCAAUUGGGGACAGAUACCUGAAGCCAUAUGUAAUCCCAGUCCCUGAGGUCACAAUCGUUGCCCGUGCUAAAGAUGACGAGUGCCUAAUUAUUGCAAGCGAUGGCCUUUGGGAUGUAAUGUCAAAUGAGGAGGUAUGUGAUGCUGCCCGCAAGCGCAUACUGCUUUGGCACAAGAAGAAUGCAGACGCCUCAUCAUCAGCCCAAAGAAGCGGUGAUUCAGCAGAUGAAGCAGCUCAAGCAGCUGCUGAAUAUUUGUCAAAGCUGGCUCUCCAGAAGGGGAGCAAAGACAACAUAACCGUCAUUGUAGUCGACCUCAAGUCACAUAGAAAGUUCAAGAGCAGAACAUAGCCACAGAUUCGGGAAGACUUGGACGAUAACAAUAGUUACUCUGUUGCACAUGUACAUUGGUUAGCCCAACACUGGUCUUUUUCCACAACCAUAUAGGCUGCCACGUUGGUUCAGCGUACAGAACUACAGAGUCAUACACUAAGAUCUAAUCUGGUUGGAGAUUGGGCUGACGAGGUAAGGUGGUUGGUUCUAGGGUCCAAAGCUGAAAUAUAUAGCAUACAUUUGUAGAUUGCAAGUAGCUAUCACUGAUUGGGUUUGGGGCAUUGUUUCUGUUAUUAUCAGGUAAAGGUACAACAGAAACUGCUAGCACUAAACUACCUAAUUGAGCACUGUACUUGUGCUUUGAUGUGUAGUAGCAGAUUAGCAGUGCAAGAAUACUAUACCGUAGUAGUUUCUGCAACAAAUGGGAUGUGCCUGUAUAAUAUACGACAUCGUCUGUAACAGGACUUUGUUCUUGGCGACCGAGGUUAUUAAAGUUCGGUUGCCAACAGAAUUACUGUUUUGCUGAUGAGGAUGACACCCCAUUC